UAUCCCUCCUGGAAGUUUCCCAAUAAAGUGUCCUGUGAUCUGGAUCUGGUGGCUUUGCUGGAGCAUUAUGACUAUGUGGAGAAUGACCCUGAAUUUACCCAGCAUUCCCAUGUAAUGCUCCUCGAACUGGUGAUUGACAGAAGAAAUCUAACAGGAGGGACAUCUCUGCACUGAAGUCUACCCUGCAAGACGUGAAAGCUGAGAAUGAGCAUUUGAAAAGCUGCUCACCCAUGAUUUCAGAAUCAGGUGCAUCAUUAGCCAGUGCCCAGUCAACCCUCUCAUGUCUACAACAAACCAUCCAUGGGCCAGACUGUGAUUUCUCAGACACCUCGCAGCCACGGUCUGCAUAUGGUGUCACCAAGAAUGUCUGUAGUGUCCAUUCUCAGACAAUUGAGUCAUCUCUGGUGCCCUGCGAUGCAUGUGCAAGUGGCCAGGCCAGCCUCCGGGAGGUCGGUAAAGCCAUCAUCAGCAUCUGCCACAGCCAGAACAUCCCCUCAUCCCUGGGCAAAUUCCAAGAGAUGGUUGAGGAGACCCUAGGCAACAAGCCACUCACCGCUAUGGACAUAAGUUUCUGGGCAUCAGAACAGAGCAAAGACCUCUCCCGUAUCAACAAACAUCUUGGGGGGCUGAUGCAGCUGAUAAACCCUUUGAAGGCAGAGCUGGAAGAAUCUGAGAAACAGAAGGAUGAACUGAGGAAGCAGGUUGAGGACUUUGACAAGCUUCUUCAGAAGGAGAAUGAGACCCAGGAACGGCAGAGGAAGGCGGCUGAGCAGUACUUGGAGGAAAAGAUCAAAGAGAAUUUGCAGAUCACAGCCAAACUGGAGAAGGACAAGGAAGAUCUACGGACAGGAGCUGUUGUGCUGGAGGAGAGAAUUUCCAUCUUGAAAGAAGAGCUGCUGUCACAGCAAGCUACCAUGCGAGAGCUGGAGCUGACCAAAAGCACCCUGCUGGAGGAGAUGAGGACUAAGAUGGCCCACAAGAGCCAGAUGACGAAGCUGGAAGACCAAGUGCAGCUGCUAACCAGCCAGUUGGAGAACGCAAGCCACACGCUCAGUGGGGCCACCACCCAGCUGGACAAGGAGAAGGCCAAAGUGGAAAGCAUGCUCAGGCAUGAGGAGUCGCUCCAGGCCAAGCAGAGGGCCCUGUUGCAACAGCUGGACUGCCUGGAUCAGGAGUGUGAGGAGCUGAGGGCCAGCCUAGGCGAAGCGGAGGACGACAAGGCUAAGCUGGAGCAACAGCUGAAGGAGACACAGGCUGAGAAGCAGCAGGUUCAGAGCCAGCUCGAAGCCCAGCAGCAGCUAAUGGAGAACCUGCAGCAGGAGAAGCUGAGCUUCGAGCAGUCUACAUCUGAACUACUCAGGAACAUCUCUGAGCUGGAUGAGCUGCUCCAGGAGCUGAAGGAGAGGGAGAGGCUGCUGGUGUCCUUUCCAGACCUCCACAUCCCUGCUGAGGCGCAGUUUGAGAGCACUGGGGACAUCGCUGAUGACAUGGAAAAGCAGCUGCAGGCGAACAACAUCCGCAUCAGCGUUCUGGAGGAAGAGAACUCGCGGCUCAGGACUGCACUAGCCAAAAUGAAAGAAACGGCCCAGGAAGGAGUGUUAAGGCAACCCUUCCCUCGCACACAGACCUCCAAGCAGCACAGUGCCCCAUCGGCUUGCGAGUGGCCAAGCCAGCAGCCAGAGCACAGCACUCCAGAGACCGCCAAGCAGCCAUCUAAAGCCAUCCUCCGCAGAGGCCACGUGGAAGGCAAUGUCCUGCGUCUCCCUUCCAGUCGAGAACUCGGCCAUCAACACUUACGCCAGACUGAAAGGGAAAGGCAGCGCAGCCAGAGUCCAGGCCCGCUCAGCUCACAGCCCCAAGAACCACCAGAAAUAGAACCCCAGGAGAGCAACCCCUGCUGGAGGUGUUCAGCUAGGGACACAAAUAAAGCUGUUUACUGUUCAUCCCCAAGGCUCCCUCCGAGUGCAGGGCUGCUGUCUGUGACAGUGAAAGAGCUGCAAAAGGGCUGUGCCACGUGGGAGCCCAGGGCUUCUCUGCCACUCACUGCUUCCUAACUGAGAUGGGCCACCUGCUGGAGUCAGGUAGGUCAGCUUGUGGGGGACGCAAGUUUGCAGAUGACACUAAACUGG